UACUCUAAAUAAUAGGAGACUUCGCGAUUUUUUAUUCAACCUAUGAAAGCAAAACUUUUUAUUAGGAAAAGUAAAUAAAAUUUUCUCUUUACGAUUAGUUAUUGCAAACACUAAAUUGAUACAAGUAAUAUAUAUAAUACGCUAGUUUUAAUCCACACAAGCCGACAUUAUACGGCGAUUAGGUUAGUGCUACCUGAACUGAUUUUGUUUCAAACGAUCCGCUGCAACUUUAUAACAGCCAUUAAAGGUUCACAAAUCGCAUCGCCGGCGCCGCCGUUCCUGUCGUCGUCGCCGUCGCCGUUGUUGUCGUCCUUCAUCGAGCCUGUGUUCACUGUGUUUACUCAUUAAAUUCAGUUCUGACCUCAAAAUAACGUUUCAAAACCGUUCAUACGUAAAUCAAUUUAAGUGUCAAUUUUUUUAAUUCAUCAAUAAAAUAAAAACCAAAAAUUUUGCAAGAAAUGUGUUUAAAACUGCGAAUUUAGUACUCCUUCAAAGUAAAAAUUCUAUCGAUAUUUAUAUGAGGGAUGUGCCGCGGCGGCGACGACUGAUCACAAAUGUUCAUCAAGAGCAAACAAAAUAAUCACAUGGGUUUGUUGCCACUGUUGCUGAAUGAGCAGAUUAGCAGGCAGAUUGUUAACAACUAUAAACAACAUCAACAAAAAUACAGCAAUUACAUGCACUUGACGAUACUGAGAUCCCAUCUAAAAAAACUAAUUAAAAUUAUGGAUAAAUAACAUCUAUAAACCGUCCUGUUACACCAUAUUGAGAAGUUAUCCAAUGAGAAAGCCGCUAACAUUUUGGAGGAUUUAUAAUGGACGGCAGAGAUAAAUAACACUUUGUUUGUGAGAGACUUUUGAAUGCUUGAGAGGAUAGAGGAUUCCAAAUUCAAACGACCCAAACCUAAAAAAAUUAAAUUCAAAAAUUGUUUAAUACCACUCGAACGUGAAUAUCUGAACAAAAUUUUAAAUACAAAUAAAAUGAAGUCAAAAAUAAACUCAAGUACUAUAAUGGAAAUUACUGAACUGAUAAAAUUAUAUAAUAAUAAAAAUAUCUUGCAAUAAUGUUAUAGAAAUUAAAUGCAAAAGACAUUCGCAUGUGUGUGGUGGUGGAAAGAAAAAUCAAAACAAAAUUCAUUAUUAGAAAGAGCAAAAAACGUAGAAGACGAAAAGAACCAAAACAAAUAAUAAAACGAGUCAUCGUUCUUGAGAACAUCGUUAAAGUUGAGAACAAAAUUAUAGAUUUUGGCGAUAUUGAACCUUGAGACCCUAGCGGCCUUUGAAGAAAAGGAAACUCAAAGCUAACGGUAUCGAAGCAACAUAGCUAAAACAUCAAACACGUUCAAGAAGAAGAAUAAGAUACACAAGUAUUAAAGCAAACACCAAUGAAUGAACGGAAAGGGAUAAGAAACCAAGUAGACAUUUUGCAUGAAACAACAUUAAAAUAUUGAUUGAGGUUUUUAUCAAAAAGGCAUCGAAUAAAACGAACAACUUUAUUAUUAACAAAUUAAUUAAACGUAUAGGUUCAAAGCGAUUGGAUUGCCGAUAUUUGCAGAACCUUUAUAUCAUUUAUUGGGAACUCAAAUACUUAAGUAAAACCCUGGUGCACCACAGUGUGCUAGGGUAUAAAAACGACAUUUCAAUAAGUACUCGCCCCUGAGAGCGUGGCAAAUUUAGAAUACUUGCACAAGACACCAAAUCCAAUAGAACAAUUUAGACGUAUAGCAGCAAAACGGAAAGCGACGCUAUUAAAAGAACAAUUCAACCUGGACUCUUUAGUUGCAUAUGUGUGAGUUCUUAUCUGAGCCCGAGCCAAUCCAACUUAAACAUUUCCAAGCAACAAGAGCAAUAGUAACACAACAGCAACAAAAGCAUCGAACAACGAAUAUCGACGAUACCAAGAACACGUACAGUGGCAAAGUAUUGAAUCUCUAGCCCAAUCCAAACCAAAACAAAACCGAACAGAACCCUGAGCGAAUGCAGCGACAGUGGCUGUUGUAGACUUUAGUGUAAAUCUAUUGUGGGAGUGUGAGCACCGUGCAUUAGUGUUGGUAAUUGUCUGUUUACAGUUCACAUAAGUUAUAAAGUAAAUUCUACAACAAAAGCAAACAAGAAAAACUUCUGUGUGAAAGGAAGGCAAAAACUUAGCGAGCCAAUAGACGAUCCACGUACGCACACAUACAUACUAGAGAUUGCCAGCGCCGUCGUUUACUUUGUUUGUGUUUGUGAGUGGUGAAUGUUUGGCCGUUGUACGCAUCGCAAAGGUAGCAGCAGCGACAAAAGUAGCCGAGCCAAAGCAGAAGCACUGAACCAUUACGCAGCGACUUAACGGAGAAAACGACUACAUUCACCAGCGGCAGUCGCUGUCAGAGAAGCAUAACAGAGUUGGAGAUAGAGUUUGUGUGUUGAUUAGGUAGGACCAUUAAAGCAGAGAGAGCUAAACUCGCGACAACUGCGAGCUUUGAAAGAGAAUAAGGCUUCGCCCAGACUGUUGGCAUCUUAUGAUGUCAUCGGAAGAGGACACAGAGUGUUUCGGAUUGUACAACGAUGAUAAGUUAUUACUAAAGGCGUCCACAGGAACAUCAUUGUCCAAACUGGCGGAGUCCUCGUCUUCGGCGCCGUUACUAGAAUUAGAAACCGAUUGUGUGGUAAAGCAAGAAACACCAUUACUAUUACCACCCCCAACACCACCAUUACAAACGGCGAAGAGCGCCAAAAACAACAUCAACCCAAAUCGCAAAAACAAUAGUAAUAACGCCAACGUCUGUAGUAAUAAUAAAAGUAAAAUCAACAGCAUUAACAGCACAACUGACAAUAGCACGGCUCUCGAAGAGAUACACGAAAACGACCUUAUCGAAGACGACAACGUCAACGGUGGCGACAACGACAACGACGACGACGAUAACGACGUCGUUGUCAUACUCGAAGGUGUCGCAAGCAGCAACGAGGGCACCACUAAUAGCCAGAGACAGAAUCGCCUUCGUAACUGCAGCCGUAGUCGUAGUCGAAGUCGCAGUGGCAGCAGUGUCAGCGGCAGCGGCAGCGGUGGUGGCAAACAACAAGUCGUGCAAGUCGUGCAUGUCACUGAGCGAGCAAACGAAAGUAGUCCGUGUGGUGCCGUCAACAAGACAAUAACGUGCACCGCUAACUUAGCAUUACGCUCCAAGUCAACAUCUGUAGUAAUAUCAUCGUCGAAAUCAAAUAAAAAGAACACGUCCUUAUCGUCAUCAAGUGAAUAUCUUGUUAAUAAGAACAGUAACAGUUCGAAUACCGUGAAUAGUAGUAAUAACUGUGUCAGUGCUAAUAAAAUAAACGUAAACGGUAAUAGUGUUUUAGGUCUAGAAUCGAAAUUAUUUUCGGGGUUCCAAGAUAAUACGAGUCCAACGCCGUUGUCAUUGCCUUUGUCGGUUUCGCCAACGCCGUCAUCACCGCUUUUGCCGCCAACAGCGACUGCCUUCAUGAGUAGUGCUGCUGCGGCUGUUGCGGGCGCUGCUGGAGGAGCUCUCUAUGGAGCCUUAUUGAAUCAGACAACUUCGUCGUCCAAUAACACGCUUAACAACAGCAACGCUACUGCUAGUAACAACAAUCCACAUAACAGUGCAAACGCUUCCGUAUCCGCUUCCUCAUCGCCAACAGCAUCGUUGCUGUCCGGUAAUUUUACAGCGGCUCUUGGCAGCCUCUUUACAGCAAACGGUUUCGGUUCAGCAAAAAUGUUGAAUGAGUUAUUCGGCCGACAAAUGAAGCAAGCACAGGAUGCUACUAGCGGAUUACCCGCUACUUUAGACAACGCCAUGUUAGCCGCGGCAAUGGAAUCGGCCACUAGCGCUGAACUGUUGAGUGCAGCAGGAUUGGUGAAUAGCUUAGGCCUCAAUGCCACCAGUAAAUUGCUCAAUAAUAAUACCAUAAACAGUUUGAAUAGUUUAAGCAAUGCUAGUGCAUCUGCAACGUCCGCACUAAAUAACGGCAAUGCCAUUGCUGAUAAUCAGCAAUCGUUGAAUAACACAUCUGCCUCUCAAUCGCCCAAAAACCGACGAGUGAGCAAUUGUAGUGAUCGAUCUUUGGAUGAAGUGAACUCGCGAGCUGGUGAUUUGUGUUCGCCACCGCGUGCUCCUUCUGUCAGCUCCACAUCUGUAGCACUGGGAGCGGUGAAUUCUUCUGAAAGAAAUUCACCAAAUGUUCAACAACAACAACAGAAUGAGUUAGCUCACCAUAUGCUAAGAAAUAUUUUGCAAGGUAAGAAAGAGCUCAUGCAACUCGAUCAAGAGCUACGAUCAGUGAUGAAUCAACAACAACAACAGCUAGCAGAAAAUCAGACCACGCUAAAGCAUAAUAAUAAUAAUUUGUCCGCUAAUAAUAACAAUAAUUUGGAAGAUAAAGAAUCGAAUAAUGUAAUCAAUCUAUUGGAGGACACCAUGUCCGACAUUAAAAUUAAGUGCGAACCCAAUCAGUUGCCAAAUAAUUCUGACUCUGCGACUGCAGAACGUAGGAAGUCAUCUGAUUCUGAGGUUGCCGAUUCUCAGCAGGAUGAAGACCAACAGUCUGAGGGUGAUAACAUGGAUCAGCAGCACAUGGAUGAACAGGAUGAACAACCGCAUUCAAACCUAUCGGUGGGAGUAACUAAAAAGGAAGCUGAUGACAUCCUAGAAGAUGUAGAAUUAAUGGGUCUGAAUUCGCGUUCCGAUUUAGAGUCACUAGCCUCACCUAGCCAAUCUGAGAUGAUGCUCUUAGAGAACAGCAAGGAUGAGUUAGAAGAGGAACUUGAAAAGGAUGUAGCUGCUACGAUGUCCAAAAAACCAGGAAUGGAUAUGAAAAGAGCUAGAGUCGAGAACAUUGUUACCACAAUGCGUUCUAGUCCAUCGUCUCAUCAGGCGCACUUGCAAGUUAACGGUUGUAAGAAACGAAAACUAUAUCAACCACAACAACAUGCAAUGGAACGAUAUGUAGCUGCUGCUGCAGGUUUGAAUUUCGGUUUAAACUUACAAAGUAUGAUGUUGGAUGAAGAAGCAUCCAAUGAAAUGGAGUCACCCCAGAUUCAGCAAAAGCGUGUGGAGAAAAACGCUCUAAAGUCACAGUUGCGUUCAAUGCAAGAGCAACUGGCUGAAAUGCAGCAAAAGUAUGUGCAAUUAUGUUCAAGAAUGGAGCAAGAGUCAGAAUGUCAGGACAUUGACGAUACAGCAAGUGAUAGUAUGGAACAAGAUGACAAUGGAGGGGAUCUCUCACCAUCGCCAUCAUUGACGGGCGAAUCGGGCUUAAAUGAUAAAAUUCAAACGGACGGAGAUCGGCCGAGCUCUACUUCACCCAAUUUACCUAUAAAAUCUCGUAAGCAGUUAUCCUCACAAAAUUCCAUAGCUCUAGAUAACGCCCCUAAUGUGCUAUCACAAAUGAUGAGCAAAAUGAUGUCAUCUCGAUCACUCGUAGGGCAUCCACAUAUGCAGCAGUCAUUUAGCGGUCCAUUGCCAUUGCUGCAGCAUAUGCCACAAAUGCAAGGCGACGCCGGAACUGCCCAUUUGUCUCAUCCUGCCAUAAGUAAUGCUGCCGCUAUGUACCUGGGGCAACAGUUCCUCUUCGAGCAGGAAGCUCGUAUGGCAAAGGAAGCUGCUGAGCAGCAAGAAAGACAACAACAACAACAACAACAACAGCAUCAACUGCAACAACAACAGCAACAGCAACAGCAAGAGCAAGAGCAACAAAGGCGAUUUGAACAGGAACAACAGCAACGUCGUAAGGAAGAGAAACAACAACAACAACAGCAACAGGCCCAGCAGCAAGCUGCACAACAACUUCAGCGACAACAUCAAUUACAACAGUUGCAACAACAGCAUCAGGAGCAAACUACACCGACUGUCUCUAUAAACCAAACAACCCGCUCACAGCUACACCACAAUCGGCUUCACCAACGUCAUGCCAACCACUCCUCUCUCAAAUCCGAACUGUCAGAAAAAUUCAAUAUGUUGAGAUCCAGUUCUAAUUCGAUUAUGCGUAUGUCCGGAUCCGAUCUGGAAGGACUUGCUGAUGUAUUAAAAUCAGAAAUAACCACUUCACUCUCAGCAUUGGUUGACACGAUCGUCACACGAUUUGUUCACCAACGUCGCCUGUUUAGCAAACAAUCGGAUUCAGUAGCUGCAGCUGCUGAACAACUUAACAAGGACUUGCUUAUGGCAUCCCAAAUACUCGAUCGCAAGUCGCCACGAACUAAAGUUGCAGAUCGUUCACACUCUAAUGCAAUCAUAAACAAUAAUUCAAAUAUCUCUAAUUCAGCGUCAGGACAGCCUGUUGUCAGCGGAAGUGCUGUGAAUGCUUCAUCAGUCCAAUCAGGUAAUAAUGGUUCUCUUCUACUAGUUAAUAAUACCUCCUCAACUAACCAAUUAAGUAAUGGUCCAAAUGGUAAUGUGUCCACAAAUCAUCUUGGUCACUUGCAGUCUACUGUAAGUAACAGUCCUCAAAUGCAUGUUGGACCUGGGCCCGCAGUAUCAGUAGGUGGUGUGACGAUUCCUCAACACCCGCUUACAAAUAGCCAAGCAAACGUCAUGGCGUCCUCAAGUGGGCAGACAAAUGCGCAACAUGCGCAGCAAAUAGCUCAAAUGUCAGCGUUGAAUGCGCAAAAUUGUCAAAGCCUCAUCGCCGCCCCACGUCUAAAUGGCAAUCAGUUGUCGUUUCCGUCGCCGGCUGCGGCAGCAGCUGCAGCAAUGGGCUUGCAAAUGCAUCAUGCAGCAGCUGCAGCUGCAAUGACCGCAGCCGCUGCUAAUCAGCAAAACCAUAACCAGCAGAUCGCAAACGAUAGUUCUGGUCAUAGCCAAAUGAAUCAGAGUAUCAACAUGAAUUCGAAUCCAAAUACAAAUAAUACUAACAAUAGUUUAAGUACAAUUAAUAUUCCACCUCCUCAUAUACGUCCUUCGCCCACAGCGGCAGCAAUAUUUCAGGCACCAAAGACACCGCAAGGAAUGAAUCCGGUCGCUGCAGCUGCACUUUACAAUUCUAUGACCACCGGCGGCCCUAACCAAAUGAAUCCCUUCUGUAUGCCAGAGGCUCGUGACGUACAGCAACAGCAACAACAACAGCAGCAACAACAACAGCAACAACAACAGCAGCAGCAACAGCAGCAACAACAACAACUAGAGCAAAACGAGGCCCUUAGCUUGGUUGUAACGCCAAAGAAGAAGCGACAUAAGGUAACAGACACCCGAAUUACACCACGGACAGUCAGCCGCAUACUUGCCCAGGAUGGUGGUGUACCUUCGAAUUCUGUAACUGCCAACAGCAUGUUAGAUGGCGGAAGCAAGUUCGUACCCAUGGGCGGUCAACCCAACCAACAACAACAGCCCAAUGCGAACCAAACAAAUUGUAAUGCGCCAAACAUUGGCAGCAAUAGCGCCAAUGUCACGCCAGUCAACGUGAAUACCACCGGCAGUCUCGGCAAUAUCGGCAAUAAUAAUACGACGCCUGCACAAAGUCCUUCGCCACGUGCUCAAGCGCCCAGCUAUCAUCCGCCGCCACCACCACCACCCAUGUUGCCCGUGUCAUUGCCCACUUCUGUGGCAAUUCCUAAUCCAUCGUUGCACGAGUCGCAAGUCUUCUCACCCUACAGUCCAUUCUUCAAUCCUCACCCGCCACAUGCGCCACCACCACCCCCGCAUGGUCCACACAGUGGUGCCCACAACACGCCAACAGCUGCCCAAAUGCACCACAUGAAGAUGUCAUCCAGCCCACCCAACCUUGGCGGUCUAAUGGACUCGCGCGAAUCACCGCCGCUGCCUCAUCCGCCCUCCAUGCUGCAUCCUGCCCUAUUAGCUGCUGCACACCACGGCGGCUCUCCCGACUACAGCGCUCAUCUACGUGCAGCCAUGGAUGCACAAGACCGCAAUUCGGACUGUAAUUCCGCUGAUAUGCAGUUCGAUGGAAUGCAGCCUACAAUAUCAUUUCUGAAGCAGCAAAUGAUCAAAAAUAGCGACUCCUUGACUCCACUGCACUCGUCAACACUAACACCAAUGCACCUGCGCAAGGCAAAGUUAAUGUUCUUCUGGGUUCGCUACCCCAGUUCAGCAGUACUGAAGAUGUACUUCCCAGACAUCAAAUUCAACAAGAACAACACAGCACAAUUGGUGAAAUGGUUCUCGAAUUUCCGAGAAUUCUACUAUAUCCAAAUGGAGAAGUAUGCGCGCCAGGCGGUUACAGAGGGUGUUAAGUGCGCCGAUGAGCUUCAUGUUGGCGGGGACAGUGAGUUGUAUCGUGUUCUGAACUUACAUUACAACCGCAACAAUCACAUUGAGGUACCACAAAACUUCCGCUUUGUGAUAGAACAAACGCUGCGCGAAUUCUUUCGCGCCAUUCAGGGUGGCAAAGAUACCGAACAAUCGUGGAAGAAGGCAAUCUAUAAAGUUAUAUCUCGCAUGGACGAUGCAGUGCCCGAAUAUUUCAAAUCUCCUAACUUUUUGGAACAAUUGGAAUAAGAGGAAAGUGAACGCAAUCGCGUUAUUCACAUGCUUCGUACAAAUUUAAAACGCAAAUCUAAAUCAAAUAAAUCUUCGAAAGUUUUAACGACAGGAAUCAUAACAACAGCAACGCUUGCAACAGCAGCUGCCGCAACUGUGCAUGCAACAACCGAACCAAUGACAACGUUUGCCACAAACGCAGUUACAGUUACGCCAGCUAAUGCCUCAACAAGUGUAACCAGCAUAGCUGUAGGCACAGCAUACCAACAAAAUUUGACAAGUAUAAAUUAAGUUCAACCGAUUAGUUUUGAUUUCCACACCAUAAUUAUGUAUAAAUAUUUCUAUAUGGAUAUACGAAAACCAUUGCGCGAAAUUUGAACAUGACGGCAAUUUAGAAACCAGUAACACACUAAGUAUUAAAAUUGACGACAAAACAAAUCGAUACUAUACGAUUGCAUUUAGGCUUUUAAAAAAUGCGAAAAAAUAUGUUAUAUUCAUAUAAUGAUGUUGUUCCAAUUGAAACGCAAAAUAUGUGAACGUGUGGUCGCACAGGUAAUAAUGAAAUUUCGAACGAACAAAUUUUGACGAAUAUAACCAAAAUAUUUCGACAAUACGAUGAAGGUAACUUAACAAGAUGCUGCAAGCAAAUCCUAAAGUAAACUUCACAAAUAUUUAUUAUUUUCUUAACUCUCGAAUUUUUUCUCGCAACGCGAAUUGCGUUCACAAAACUGAAAUAGGCAAAGUAAGAGAUUGAUAAAAGCAAACGAAAGGUUCUAAUUAUUAACGAUUGUUGGGUAUUUUGCAAAUCACUUCGGCAUGAUGAGCAACAAAAAAUUCCAGCUUUAUUUUAUGAUCAAACAUGGAAACACACAAUUAUUUAACGAUGCAUUCAAUUUCUUCACUUCGAAGAAUGCAACUACAGCUUCAGCAAUAAAAGAAUACACACGCCUCCCAAUACAUAAGUGUGCAUAUGCAUUACUUACUACACUAGCAUAAACCCUUCAACAUAGACAUAUAAUUAUAGCAAAACAAUUGCCUUAUGUGAUGUAAAUCGGGUAUUGAGGACCACUGAAUUCAUUCUUAAAUAGACACCACAAAAAUCAAAACAGAAAACGCACACAUAUAUCUACAAUAUUACAUCAGCUAUAACCACAACAGUGUAAACUGCAACUGCUAGAAAGGGCCAAAAUAUAAAUUCGGACCAUAACUUAAAGCGUAAAUCUGAGAUUUAAAUCAAUUUUACUAUUAAAUAUAUUGUCAUUAAGUUUUAUUUGCAAGUCAUGUUGCAAAACACACACAUACACAAAUAUACAUCCAGUCCAUGCACAUGUACAAGUAUAUGUACAUACUAUAUAUAAUAUAUGAACCGACAUACUUUAAUAACAUUUGUAGAAGGCAACCUUAAUAAUUUAACAGCAUAUAUGUACAUACAUACAUACAUUGGUAAUAUAAUACUUAGAAGUAACAUUUUAUUAGUUUUAUCAACCACGACCCAUACUAACGCAUCCACACAAGGAACUCGAAAUAUCGCAAGAAAUGUACCUAAUCACAGUUCACUAAGAAACAUCAAGCGAAUUAUGAUUACAUAUGUUCAGUUUCAGUAGUUCACUUCACACAUUAUACAUUUUCAUUGAAUGAUCGCGCAAAAUGGCUGCCGAGUUGCUACUACGAAAAAUCCAUGCUCGCCAAGAGCAUACACAAACACAACAAUUUAAACUCUCCUUACUCGCCGAAAUGUUGAUAUGUAUGUGCAUGCUAUGUUAAUGUGUCGUGUGUGAAAAGGAUACAGGAUUAAAGAUCCUUUCAAAUUGACGCCGACGUUUUUACAAUAUUCACAAUAACAUUGUAAAGGCCUUUCUUGUAAAAAACUUUACGAGUUUCAAAUGCUACAUUCGAAGUAGUUCUAAAAUACUGUUUCUCCUUAACUAUCCAAAUUAUUUUCUACAAAAAAGGCCUUUUAUUCGGUAUAAUUUUCCCGACUUGUGCUAUUAUUGUUUUAAUAUUUUAUUCAAUUUUUCACCAAUAUUGACACCUAAACUCACAAUUACUAUAUUUUAAGUAUUUAUAAAUAAUAGGGCAUCACAUUGUACACGUCUACACUAGUCUUUUCUUUAUUUUAAACUAGUUAAUAUAUGUAAUUCAGUUUAAGUUGAAUGCACUUUUUUGAUUGUUUAAAAUAUUUAAGCUGUAUAUACCUAAUUAUAAAGUUUCUUAAUUAUUAAGUUUUCAAAUUUUGCCUUUAAUUUAGCAACCAUUAUAUUGUAUAAACUAUUAUUUAUUCGAUUAAACCAAAUAUACUAUGUAACAUAAAAUGAUUUUCAGUGUGUUCUAUUAUUUUGCAUUUUAAUUUAUUUGCUUAAGACCAUCUACAACUACACUAGGUAUAAUCGAUCUUAUAAAAUUAGGACUGACUAAUGGAUAGCGGGUGAGCGAUCAAAAUUAUAUCAGUAUUUAUUAACUUUUAAGCUGGUUAGGUUAGGUUAAGAGCUCGAUCCGAAAAGGGAUUUCACUUGGACAGCUUAGAACUGCCGAGAUGUUUCAAUGUCAGUCUGGAAAAGACUGGACAAUGGAGGAGAAAGUGUAUGGAUGUUUCCACCCCACCCUCCGACAAGAUUUUAGCUUUAUCGCAUGCCUAUUAGACAGUGUUCAGUAAGAAACCCCGUAGUUCACUAGAUCUCCUGUGUUCUACUCUAGGCCUUUUAAGCAACUUAUAUUCAAUUAAUAUGUGCCGAUCUAGAGUUUUCAAUAACAGUCAAAAUAUUUCUAUACAAUACCGAUAUUGUAGUAAAUCACACCUCAAAUAAGAGCUCGCACAAAUAAAAAUAUUUAGAAUUUAUUUUUUAAUUGUUCACAUCUGGAGAAAAGUAGAGUUACCGCCUAGAAAACAAUUUCUUCGACAGGAAAACUUACAUAAUUAGAUUUAAGUGACACCAAAUAGAUCAGGGAAGAAUUGCUACAACUAAGAAUAAAAAAUUGUAUCUUUAUGAUUCUAAGCAAAAAUAGCUAGUGUUUAUAUCUUUAUAUCGAUUUUUUUCUAAAAGUUUAAAAUUUUUUACAAUCCUUUGAAAAGUUCAAUUAUUUAUUUACAAACGAUUAUUCCUUUUCAGCUCUAUUCUUUGUUGAGUUUUUAUUUUUAAUCUGACUAAUAUUUACAAUCCAAUGAGUUUUCGGAUUUUUGUGUUCAUAUGUACGGGUAUUGUAAAAUCGUCGGAUCACACAAAUACACCGCAGCCAACAAAAAAGGAGCUUAAGUCAUACCCAGAGUUAAAAGAAAAAACGAAAGGGUAUUUUUAAUUGAUAAUUGGUAUGCAAAGGUUAUAUAAAAUUGUUGAGCACGUGGUAAGUUUCCUUGUAUGUAAAAGUAUUUUUGUACAAGUAUUCAAACGUUAAUGUGGAAAUAAAUAGCAACACUGUUUGGAAAACUGUAAUUCGGAAAGUAACUAUAUAAUUAUGUAAUGUUUUUGAUUUAUCAUUCAUUUGUAUGCUAAGUUUGAGUAAUUUAAUGAUAAAAAUAAUUAUUUUUAGAUUAUUUUAUGCAGCUGCAGUGACAAAUUUCGAAUCUCAAUCGUUAAUUGUUAAUGCCUUUACUAAAUUUAUAACAUAAAUAAAAUGAAAUAUGAUUCUUUGGCUUAAAACGUAAUUAUAAAGAAAAAACUACAAAUGUAACUGAUUUUGUGAUAAAAAUUCGAGGAGAACUCAUUAUUAUUUCGGAACAAACCAAUAUAGGCGCCUAUCGGAGUUAUUCUGAAUUACAACUCCCAGGCGUUUAUACAAAAUUCUUUUGUAAAAAAUAGUUAAUUGAAAUUUGGAAAACACUAUGUUAAAAAAAUAAUAAGAAAAAAUUUUAGGAAAUUUUAAGGCAUUUUAACAAUAAACGUCAAGGAGACAAAAGAAAAGAAAAUAAAUUAUAACUCAUAAAAUGUUUGGAUGAAACUUUAGGCAAAAUUUAUAUACGAUAUUAUUUGAAAAUUUGACAAGAAAUCGAAAAUUCCUAAAUUCAAAAUUACUGCAAAUAAUAAUGCAUUAGUAUAAAAGUAUGUACUCAAGUUAAUUUAAUUCUUUAGUUAAUUUAUUUCUCGCUAAACUUUAAGUUGUUGAAUUGAUUUAAAUUUUUUUGAGAAAUAUAUGUAAACUUUAGUAUUUAGAACGAAAUCAAUAAGAACCAUAAAUUUCGUAUAUAUUACUGGUAAGCAAAACUAAAAAAAAUAAUUAUAGAAUGCUGUCAGAGAAUGAAGUCAUUAAAUAAAUCGCAACCUAAUAGCAGUACAAACGUGAGUAUGCGCAUGCAUACAUACAUACAUACAACAAACAAAUAUUGCUUCAAUUAGAGCAAUAUAUGAGAGAUAGAAGCCCAAGCGACAUUUAAAACAAGUGCGCUACUAUCACUACAACAGCAAUACAAACAAGCUUACACUUAUUAUAAUAAAAUAAAAAUUUCCACACAAUAAUAUUACAUAUUUAUACCAAAAUGAAACAUACAUAGUUUACCUAAUGUUUUAAGUUACUUAACUAAAUUACAAUUACUACAUAAGUUAAAUAUAAAAACAAACGGCAAAAGAACUAAAUGAGAGAAAAACAAAAACAAUACAACAAUAAAUACAAAAAUACAUAAACAACAAAAUUUGGCUAUUUUCUUUGGUUUUACUAUUAUGUUUCGAAAUUAUUCUUCCAAGUGAACACACCAACAAAAUACACCUAUAUUCAACGAUUUUUUUCCAUCCAUUGGACCCGGCGAAGUCUAAGAUAUAUAGUACAACAGCAACAGCAAAUCUGCAUUUGAAUUUAAAACUUUUAAUUAUUGGCGAAUACAAAACACAACAUAAUGUUGUAGGUUGUAUCAUAUGUUCACAGCAGUUAUGUAUUCUUUGAGAAUUCACAGGUACUGUUUAAAGGAUGGAUCGUUAAUGCCGCAAAAUUUUUCAAUUAAAGCAUUUUUUAAAUUAUGCAUUAUUGCAUAUUUUAUAUAUGUUCUACAAUUAAUAUUCGGAGUUGCGUAAUUAUCUUUAAAAGCAUACAACUAAAAACAUUUGGUAAUACAUUUUCAAUAAUUCAAAAUUCUUUGAGUUUUCUAUGAAACAUUUUUGAAAAUUUAAAAAUCCAUGAGCAUUUAACAUAUUGUCCGGAAGCUAUAAAAGCUAGGUUCUAUUUUGAGAAGUUCUUAGGAGAACCUAAAGCAUUAUUUACGCGACAGAUGUGUAGAUUUUGAAACUUUCAGAAUUAAACGGCUAUAGUGAAUGCUGUACACAAAAAUAUGUAAAUACAAUAGCCUAAAAAUAUUUAAUAUAAUUUGAAAGCAACUCUAACAACAUCACCGGCUCACAUAAAGGCUUUAGUUUCAACAUAUUUCAUUAUUUUUUUUUUUGUUCUGUGCACAAAAAAACUGUUUGGCUAAAUUUAGAAGUUUGUAAUAUUUUGGUAAGAUCAGUUUUGUAUUCAAUGGAAAAAAAUGGCACACAAUGACGAUCAAAACUAGUGUUUUAUGAAACAUUUUAAUGUUUCACAUUUAUAGCAAUGCAGUUUACACUUUGAAAGAUGAUCAUCCAUUACAAUUAUACUCCAACCUAACACAAAUAUUUUAACACAAGGACUAUAUUAAAAUACCAAGUUACAGGAAACAAAGUUUAUUUUAAUUAAAAAUCUUCGAAAACUUAAUACUUUGGGCAACGACAACCAAACAUAUUUAAACCAAAAAUUUUACCCGGAAAGUACAGGAAGAGCAGAUCCGAUAUACAUACGAAAAACUUUCAAGUUCUGUGAAGAAUCAUCACGAAGAAAAUUUUUCACAGCUGACAGAAACAAAUCAGAGAAUUACAAAUAAACAACCGAGCGGGCGUCAUAACCAAAAAAAGAAAAAUAACAACAGAGGGCCUACUAGCAAAGCAAACACAAUAUUUACGAAACUAACAAUUAACAAAGACGAUGUUAAAUCCAAAAACCAAAAAUGAAGAGAAACCAAUAGCUACAAACAUAGCAUUCAGUAUACAUAAUCGUACAUACACUCACAACUUCAAUAUUUAAUAUAUAUGCAAUACAUAAUUGGAUACUUUGUACAUAAAAAAUAAUAGACAAAAAAGUUAAAAAAAAAAAAAUUAUAAUUAAAAAUUAUAUAAGCAACCUGAAAAGUCGGGAAUAAUAACGGUAAAAAAGGUCUAGUAUGAAAAAUAUUUUAACUAGAAGCGAUGACAGAGUACUUAAACGAAUAAUGCGGUACUGUAUUAGCCACAUUUUUAUAUAAAGUAAAAUCACCCCACAUCCAUCCAUAAGCUCCUUUAAAAUCCCAUACAAUAUCCUGCAAUGCUCCACUCAAAAUAAUUACAAUUAACCAUUUAAUACCGUAAAUUUAGUAAUUAGUAAAUUAAAAUGAUAAGCAAAUUAUAAACUCUAAGCAGAAAACAAAGCACAAAGGAAAAUACUCCAUUGACGGUAUUAUUGUGCAACACAAACAGUUUCAAAGUUGAUUCAACCAUUUUUGGAAAACUACAAUCACUGCAUAUAUAUCAUGUAAUUGAGAACUGUCAGUUAUAUGAGAGCAAAACAAAAACUAACGGUUCUCCGAUUUUGGCAACACAAACAGUUUCGAUUAUAAAAAAGCUACGCAAAUAUACACACAUAAGAGUUUAUAAAAAAUUGAUGCAUGAAAUUAAUAAGUAUACUUUUACAAUUUAAUUUGACAUUCAACAUCCUGAGUUACAAUAAGUCUGAUCACAUGAAGCUAUAAGUAAAAAGUAAAAAGUAAAAAGUAAAAAACAAACAAAUUCAAAACCAAAAAUAAUUAAUGAAUCAACAUACAAAGAAAGAGUCUCGAUGUAAAACAAAAAUAAAAUAUAACUAAUUGCGUUUUUUUAGUAGCAAACGCGAUUCGAUUCGAAAUUGUACAACUUUGGCGAAACCACACACACUUUUGUAUAGCGGGCAAAGUGUGGAAUUUUUAUCACUUAUUUGGCAAGAGUAAAAAAGCAAAAUAUUCUUGGAACAAAGGAAGAAGAAACCAAGAUAAACGAAAUCCAUUGAACCCCCGAAAAGGGUUAAUCUUCUUUUCAAUACGCAAUAGAGAGACGCAGUGUAUCCAGGAAUAACGCACUGUGUACUCAACCAGAAUAAGUUUUGAAAAAAAUUAAUGUUCAUAAAUUUUACUUUUUGGCUGUGCGUUGCACCGGUCCAACAUUGCGCAUCCUUUUUUUAAACUCGAGUUUCAUUUAUUCAACAAACAUUUUUAUUUCAACAGUUACAAAUUAAUAACAUAUAGUAAAACAUAUAUAACUAUAAAUUAUCAAAAUUGAAAAAGCGCUAUGUGCCGAUUGUCAUCGGAUUUUUAUUGUAUUUUUUAUUACUUUCAGGCAUUCACUUCAUUCUCCUUGAAAGUUUGUCUUCUAACGUCUACGGUUACAUAUUAAGAGUCUUUAGAUUCAUUGUUUUAAAUUAAUUAACGAAAUGUUUAUUUAAAUAAUUUAUCAAAAACUAUUUCUAUCCAUUCUAAAAUUGAACUUAUUUUGAUUAGUUUUUUAUGAAAAUUAACAUAUUACUUAUGUACAUAAUGAGAUUUCUAUUAAAAUCCAAGACGUCUGCACUAGCGCCCUUUAAAUUGUAGAUAAUGAUGUUUCGGCUGUAAAACAAAUUCGAAAUUCAAUUGAUAUAUAUUCAUAUAACACGAAAUGUGAAUACAAAAAGUUGCAUAAAAGCACCAAAAAAAGAGCAAAACCACGCCAGUUGACACAAGAUUAACAAGACAACUAGUAGUUACGACAACAACAGAAAAAUGAAAAUAAUGAAAAAGAACUGCUACACUUAAGUCGUUGAAUUUGAAGUUAAUAGCGUAAAACUAUACUUGCAACUGUGCAACAGUUGCAAAAUAUACAAAAACUAACAAUAACAAAUAAAUAAUUUUCUGAAUUUAGUUUAAGACAACAACAAUAGCCCAGGGGAACAUUCACAACUCGAAUGUGAUAUUUUUAAUUUUCUCAACAAAAUGUUUAACAUAUUUACAAGCAGGAAAACAAUGUUUAUGCAACUUAGAAACAAAGCUCCAUAUUCAUACGUUUAGUUUAAUAUAACAACUCAAAACAAGUUGAUGACAAUACGAAGUAACCAAUUGGAACUUAAACACUGCAUAACUCCGCCGAACCAAAGGUUUGGAUAACGGAGACCACGUGCACUCAUAUCAAGAUCUUAAUUUCACUGUUACUCCAUCCUGAUUUCAUGUUUUGUAAUAGAUGUGGUUAAAGAUCAACAUAGAAAAAAGUAUAUUAAAUAGUAAACAUUUCCUAUAGAAAAAACAAAAAAAACAAACAAAAAAAAAUUAAAGAAAUAUUAAUAGACUUAAACAAACGAACUGUGGACUUGGAUCUUGGAUCCCAGGCCAUGGGAAUACUGUGCCAUUUUAGUUGCAAUAGUGAAAAAUGUCGUACAGUGGGACUGUUGGGGGCUUUUCCUUGAACGCCAUUGACGGCAUUUCAAAACCGGAAUAAUUUAUAGUACAAUUUUAAAAAUACCAACAUAAAGUUUUAUAAAGCAAUUUAUAUUUUUAUACUAAACGAACAAAUAGCAUUGAAAUACAGUAAAAAAAAAUGAAAUAGAAAGAUUUUACGAAUGCCCACGAAGCGGGGAAAUGAAGCCAAGAUGUGAUUGGAGAGAGUUAGCCAUGAAUAACUUAAUACAAAAUAAUAACUAAUAAAUAUAAUAAUAUAUGCAUGCAACACCAAGAAAUUUUUUUUUUUUUUUUAAAUUAACUACUUUAGUUUUUUAACACAACAACCAAUUUAUUCUCAUUUGAUUUGUCGCUCUUGAAAGGGCAUAUAGAAACUUGAAAAUGCAGCGACAACGAAAACUGAGUUGCACGAAGCCUAAGCACAGAAAAUGAUUAUAAAAAAACAUCAGAAAUGAGCAAAAUAAAAAAAAAAAAAUAGAAUAAUAUCAGCAAGAAGGUAUACUUCCUUCAGAAUCAGUUUUCGCGCGGUAUGCUGCAUCUAACAGCAUGAAAUACAUAAAAUAUCAAUAAAAACAAAGAAUUAGCUGCAAUAAGACCAACUUCAACAUCAGCAUAAAAUAAGUGAUAAAAGCGCUGUUUAUUUAAUAUAUUUUAAAAAAUUCGAUUUUAUUUGAAGCAAUUUCACAAUUGAUCAAUAAUUGGCAGGCAUGUGUACUACAAAGCAAUUGCGUGACAAAACUGGCAAUUUUUCGUAUCAACUCACCGUUAGUGUCUUGAGAUGAAUAAAGCAACAAACAAAUAUGAUUUUCAUUAAAAAAGUUGUCAAAGAAUUUUAAUACAACGACAACGAUGCAAACAUUUUGAACGAAUAUUUAAUUUUCCUUUCAUUUAAAUAUAUACUUAACUUACUUACAUAUAUACAGAUAUAAAUGUUUUGAUUCAAUGCUAUGGCAGUCUCGGGGAUAGGUAGAAUACAAUGACUUAUUGGCCAUAGAGUGGGAAAGCGUAAACAGCAAAGUUGCAACAAUUUUUUGGUUUACACAAACAAAUGAAAUAGCAAUAAACUGAUGAGAAUAAUAAUACGUAAAUUAAGCAAUGCAAUAGCCCAGUGACUUAGAUAUAAUUUUUAUAAGCAAGUACACUUUAGACCUUUCGACGAAGCUGUCGAUAGUCUAGGUGCACUACAACAGGUACAAACUACAUAAACCAAAUAAAUUGGCAAUAAUAAAAUUUUUUCCACGCGAACCUUUUGCUGUCCUUACGAACUACCACAGCUCUUGGCCAGCAAGUCGGUAUGUACAUAUGUACGAGAAGUAUAUGAAUAUAUCCCCUUAGAAUAUACACUAGCAGAAGUACUCAACAAACGCUUGACAGACGCCAUGGCCAACAAAAACAAAUACCGCAAUAGUACAAUCACAAUGUAUUUAUAGUAAAAAAGAAGUAAAAUAAUAGAAAUAUAUAUAAACACAACAAUAGCCCAGUGAAGUUUUCAAUACAGAAGCAUUUUUAGUUCAGUUGCUGUCACAUACACAUACAAUAUAGUGGGCGUUACAAAAAAUUGUCAGAACGAGAGUAAAAUUUUAGAAUCCCAGAGUACAGGAUUUGCCAAAUAUAAUUGGUUAAAUCUUUAGGAGCAAAAGAAAAACGCAAUAGCGCAGGAAUCUGCAAUGACAAAAUGUAUGCCAAAAAUUCGUGUAAAAAGAAAGUUUAAAAUCGGAAAAAACGAUAACCGAGUAUUAGAAGAAACCGAUAAAUAUGUUUUCUAUUGGAAAAUUUCUUUUUCAUGUAAUCGUUAAUAAUAAAGUAAUCAUGCCAAAAGCUUAACACAAUUCUUAAAAAGUAAUUUAACAACUUGUGUGAAAUGAAAGAUAAAAACACAUUAUCUACAUAUAUUAUAUACAGAGACUGCAAACAAAUGUGAUCAGAUAUUUUAAUAGUUUAUGUAUAAAAACAGAAUAAAUAAAGCAACAUACUAAACAAGAAAACAAUACGAAGUGAAAUAAAUAAUAAAUAAAUUAGCAUAACACACAAUGUACACUUCUACGUACAAACAAAUAUAUUGAAAUAGUAAGUCAAAGAAAAUGUUCAUUCUAAACAACCAACAACAAAAUCAAAAUCUAAAAUAUUUCAACAAAUAGAUGAACAGCAAAUUAUAUGAGUACAUACAUAUAAACUAAGUCAAUAUUAACACAUAAGUGAACCAAUUGCAAACGUUUUGCUUAUAUUUUACAAUAGCAUAUCAUAAAGUUGGCGCUCCUUCAUAGCCUACCCGAAGGCGCAGCAACGCACAGGAACGCUGAGCGCCGAAUUUUACCAGUUCAUUUUACAAUAGCUAAUGGUGUAUGGUGUGUCUGAGAGUCACGUAAUAAACGCGCAGUCGUACUGCGUUCGCUAAAUGAAUCGAAGUCAUACCAUUACCACAAGGGAACCAAGGCGAUUGAAGCUGGCUGCGUAGCACUUUUGAUACUUGUACCAAAGGGUGCGGCCUAUGCCAGUCAAUCAAUCAAAGUUACAACAACCAUUUACUUUCAAAUAUGUUUGAGUUGUAUUAAUACAAUAACAAAUCUUUAUGUUAGAAACGUCAAUACAACCGUUUUUUUCUAUGUUAAACCCAGACCAAACUCAAAAACUCUAUUAAUAUUGAAAUGGGUUUCAACACAUAUAGGAAGUACAUUAAGUGCUGGGGACUCAAUAGAGAAUUUUACAUUUGAGUGAAGUACCAAACGAUCUGCAUACGUAACGGUGCAUCGAACGGGCUUUCAUUGUAACGCGACAGAUUUCUAAGCUUUCACUAUUUAAAUGCCAGCACCAGGUCAAGCACCUUCUAUAUGUGAAGAAAGAAAGAUGGACAAACAAACCAACAGUAAAUAAACGAAAAUCAAAAAGAAAGAGUCAUACAGUUAUUUUUUCUUUAUAUAUAAUUAGUUUGUAUGUAUUAUGAGUUCAAACAACAAAAACAUUGGCCCUUAAGAAUUUUUGUUUGAAAGUGAAGAAGUUUUUAAAAACAAAAUAAUCAAUUAAUUAUUUCCAACAAUAGUGCCGAAAUAUUUCUACAAAUAAUAUUAUUAUGAAAUAAGCAUUUUAUAAGGUUAAUGUGUAGUUAAAGAAAUUAACAACAUAAAUGCAAUGUAAGAGUUUAAGACAAGCUAAUUAAACAAGAACUUAAUUAAAACAAAUAAACAAAAAACAAAAACAAAAUAGAAAAACGAUUAAAAAUCCUUAAAAAGCAAAGCAAAAAUGCUGCAUGCAACUGAAAAUUGAACAUUUUGAAACUGUUUGUGUGCGAAUUUCAGAAAAGAGAAGUAAAUCUUCCAAGAAUUAUUAAUGCAAUAAGUGAAACACUAAAUAUACAGUCAUUUGAACAUUAACAUACACCAAAUAACACAUCCAUAUAUAACAAUAUUCUUACUAGGUACGUAGGUAAAUUAAGUAUGUAUACUUAAUAUAUUAUUGCUUGCCAUAUGAACAGUAGCUGAUAUUCAAAAUUAAACAAAUUGAGAGAAAUACGAAUUUUUAAGCGAAAUAACUAAAAAGCUGUGCCAAAAUAUCCCUAUUACCCAAUAUUUUAUAUAUGUUAUAUACCUCGGCAAAUAUUAAGUUCUUAGUUUGAAACUUAAUGUAAUAAAAAAUUUGUGGUAUAGUAUAAAUUCCAAAUAUUUUCUAACUGUUUGUGUUUGAAAAUCAGGCUUAUGUGAAAACCUUUUAUUUCACUUAAAAUCUUGGGCUACGAGUAAAAUUCCAAAUCAGCACACACUCUCUCAGUUUGCAAUCAAUGAAAAAUAAAUACAUUCCUACAUUAACUCAUAUUACAUGAGACAACAGAAAUCAUAUAUCAAAAUAUUAGAUUCGUUUAUAAGCUAAACGCAUUGGCAAAGCAAUGUAAUACACUAAAAAUAUAACCAACCAACAGGACAAAAAUACAGCGAAGGUUGCCCAAAGAGAAGCGAACAAUAAACAGUGAACCACAAUGACAUUGGAUUAAGUUCAGCACACCCAAUUACUCAAAAAUACCAAAACACAUACAAAACAACAACAGCAAACAGAAAACAAAUACUUACUAAAUCCGAUAUGAAUCCUUCCCUCAAUAAAAUCGUAUAUAUUUAAUAAAAAAUCAUAUACAAGUAUACAGUAUUAAAGGUAUCAGUGAAAUCUUAACAAGACCACGUAGCGAAAAAUAUUCGUCACGCUGCGAAUACAACACAUACUACAUACUCAUAUAUAAAACUGUUAUUUUGAACGAAAGUUUUUAUUUGGCUCUUCUAAAAAAACAUAUAAACACUUUUUAUGUAAAAACUCGUUAAAAAUUUUUCAAUCAGAAGAAUUAUAAUGCUGGCGUCAGGUCGUCAUUUCAAAGUAAGAUGAAAGGCGUGUGAAAUCUUCGCGAAAUAUACACAAAUAUGCAUAGAUAAUGAGAAUAAUACAGAAGUGUCGCUAUUUAGCAAUCGCUAACACAAAAAUCAUAGUUUAUGGACUUCAAAUAUGGAUGUCGUUCUGUGUAUGUAUCAGAAUUCAAAGCAAACACUUUAAUACUUGUUGUAUAUCUCCUGAUAAGACAUUUCUGUAGCAUUUUUACAUUAAUACACAUACAACGAUUGAGGUAAAUAAUAUUUUCAUUUAGAGAAUCGAAGUAUUUCCUAAAAUAUCAUAAAAAUCACAAAGAAAUAACCUAGAAUGCACGAAAUUACGUAUUUUGGCUAAAUGAAGUUAAAACACCACGCAAUUCCAGUUUGGCAGAGCUGAAAAUUUAAUACUAUAUACAUAAGCACUUAAUGUUCCGAAACUUCUUAACUCUUUACUGACUGAUAUAUGAUAUAUAUGUAUGCUUAAAAAUGUCACUCAAUUUUUGCUAAGUAAUAUAGUAGAACUAGUCAGUUUAUUGGAUAUAUUGUCAUUCCAUUUUGAGUUAUGUGUCGACGACAGAAGAAUAAUUACAUGUGGGUAUGUAUGUUUUUCAUUUUCAAUGGUUCUUUUUGGCUCUGGUCAAUCUGGAAUUGUGUGUAUUGAGUAUGUAAAUGUUUAAAUUUUUAACACUUAUCUAAGUAUUUUUUUUCUUUUAGACAAUAAUUUAUUUUUCUUCUUUUGUUAAUUUUUUUUUAUAAUUCCCUCAUGAAUUUCGUAUAAGUAUUAACACGAUUUAGAAGGCAUUGUACAUAUAAAUACGAGUAUGUAUACAAUGUAUAAGUUUUGAUGAUAAAACUUUUCGGCUUGAAAUAAAGAUUUUGGCAUCAAUUCGUUAUAUUAGGUAGUUCAAGAAAGGAAGAAUGGAGUUAUGAUAAAAUAAGUAAUAUUAAUAUAAACUUACGUGGACUAAAACUAAAAUAUAAUAAAAAAAUAAAUACGCAGAAAUAUCUUCUGAACUAAUAAGUAAGAAAGAUGAUAGUGUACUUUUGAAAACAAAAAAGCAAUCCUGGACAUAACUUUGGCAAAUCUUUAUGAAAAAUGCGGACAUUUAGAAGUGACGAAUAUUCCCGGAUUUAGCGAUAAAUAAGAAAAAUAUGAAACAAGAAAUGAGACACAUUUGAAACUAUUGAGAAAACGUAAGAGAUUACGAUAAAUCUACCAAACCCCCGAAGUACUUAACGGAUGUGGAAAGCGCGACAUCUAUUGCUUAAGGGAGACGUUGGAGGGUGUAUGCACAAAAAAAAUGAAACUAAACGUAGUUGUACUAAUUUAAAUGAAUUAUAACCUAAAUUAACUUUAAUUAAUAUGUUUAGGUGUAAGAUGUAAAACUAGUAAGAAACAAGAGAACUUUCGGUAAUGUUCCUAUAUAUUAUACGAGUAUAGAGAGUAUACAAUUAAAGGAAAUUGACAAUUUAGACGUACUUUUAGGCACUUUAGGUACAUUUUCGGACAUGAAUGUUGAAACAAAUAAACAAAAACAAAAUAAAAUGAAAACGAAGAAAAAUAGAAAUUUACAAAAUUUUGAAGGAGCAAAAAUAAACAAAAACUAUUUGAUAUAAAAAAAUAUAAAUUUGUAUUACACCCUCUGGCGUAAACCUCCGACAUCUAAGAUUUUUUCAGCUGAACAUGUCAGCUGAACAUACAUAUGUACAAGUAUGUAUGACAUUGCAAUUCUAGCUAGUACUCAUUGAACAAAAAUUACAGAAAAUCUGUGAAAAUAUGCAAAAGUAAACUUUGAAAUAUUCAAUAUUAUAAUUUACAGGCAGAAUUCUUCAUAGUUUUUUAAUUUACCACCAGCUUUAGUUUUGUUCGAAUCCCGUUGAUGGUAACAAAUCAAACGCAAAAUACAGAUAUUUACUAAAAACCCUUACUUUACUCGACAUUACGGCGACGUUAAAAAUUAUUAAAUGUACUUUUAACAUGACAAACUUAGCGGAAGAGCGUAUAAUUGGAACUCGAUUUACAAAAUGUAGGAUCAAAAAUGGAUAUUACAAAAAAUUCUGGAACUUAAAUUCAGGAAACCUCUCGGCCACCUUUGGAUAAUCUCUCUCGGUGUAAGUCAAGGACAAAAAUAUUCAAAAACUAUAUUCAAAAAUUAUAACAAAAAAGCUAAAAUUAAAAUUAAAAGCAAAACCAAAAACCAAACUCAAAAAUUACUUAAAAAAUUACAAAAUUUUGGAAGUCAAAAUUUCGUAGAAACAAAAUUUGUGGAAAAGCGCUGGAGAAAUUGAGAUGCAUUUUAUGGGCAAAUAUGAGGAACUAUGAAAAAAAUUUAAUAUAUCACGAAAAAAGUACAAGCUUAUUUUAAGCACCUUCGCGCCUUAUCUUUAAGAAACAAAAAUAAACGACAUAAACACUAAAAUUAAAAUAAAAACGAAAAAACCCAAAAUAAAUUAAAAGAAUAACAAAAGUGGAAAUUAUUGUGAACAAUCUAAAAAACAUUUUUUGAAUCCCAAAGCGAAUAAAAGUGAUUACAAGAAAUGAAAAUUAUUUAAAUUUAUUUACGGCACUCUGGUGAAAAAAAAAUUAAAGUUUCGAUGUUUGAAAAAUUUUUUGUUAGCGUUUUUAUACCGAUUCGCAUUGACCAACGUGUUUAUAUGAAACACUUAAGAAUUCUCCCAAAUAUGUACCCUGGUUUUUAUCGUCCAACUAGAUUACUUCCAUUUCUGCGAACAAAUAUAGCAUCUAAAUUAUCAAAACAGAACAUCUGCCUUAAAUUAUAUUUUUCAUAAUUGAAAUCAAAACAACAAAACAGUAUAUCUCAACAAACAAAAAAAGCUGUCUGAAAUCAACAACAAUAAGGGCAUAACCGGAAGCAAACCAAAUCAUUAGCAAUCGCAACGAUUCCAUAAUAAAAACACAAUUAAAGUGAUCGACAAAAUUCAAACCAAUUAACAACAACAAUAAGCCAAAAUUAACGAAAUCUCAGCAAAAUUCAAAAGUUACUGUAACCGCAAAAUUAUCAAAAAUAAAUAUAAUAGAAAUGAUGGAAAUUAAUCAAAAAAAGCAAACCAAGCAAUAAAUAAAUGACAACUUUUACCGGCGACUGAACCUUUCCGAUCGAUAUUGAAAAGCAAGCCGAGCAGGUGAACUUGCAAGCCAAGAAAAUAGGUAUGCAAACGUAUCGAAGAACAGGCAAUAAUGUCGCCGGUUAGCUGAAGAAUGAUGUUUUAUUUAUUUACAAAAUUCAAAAUCAUAAUCAAAAUCGGUGAAGAUAAAUUCCACUACUAAAGCAGAUUUCAAAUAUGAAAAUAUUGCACAGUGCAUUGUAACCAAUAUGCUUACAUUUAUAAGUAUAUUACAUAGUUUGAUUUCCACUGAGUUUGAACGUUUUGAUAUUCAUUUGUUCAUUAUUACUCCUAACUUUUAAUUUUCAUCACAGAUUUUUCAACGACAUCUACAUAACAAAAGCAAAAAUUAAGAGGUGUAUUCUAUGUUAUUACCAUAUAAGUAAACAUUAAAACAAAAGAGAAACUGAUAAAUUUAGAAAAUAAAUAAAAUUUAUAUAAACAUUGCUCAACGAUUCAAAAAAACAAACAAAAUUCUAAUAAUAUAAAACACUGCGAAAAAAAAGAUUAAUUAAGAAAAAAAAUAACAAAAAUCAACAAAAAGAAUAAAUAUACAUAUAUGUAUCUUUAAAAGAUUUUGUUCAAUUGUAAUUAAAUAAAAAUCCUAUAUGUUGUGACAGCGUCUUGGAUGAUCUUUAGUUAACGCAUUCUUCAUUCACUGAGAUGAGUGAUAGGAGGUAAACGAAUGCUAAGCAAAAAAAAAAACAAUGAAAGUAAAAUAUUAGAGGGAUGUGUGCAUAUUAUGUUAGGAUAAAGCAGAUAAGAAAAUACAAUUAAGGAAAAUUCAAUUUUAAGCCCGAAUUACUUGAACUUACUUUUUAAUUGUAUGUAAACACAGAAAUGUAGCAUUUAUGAUUAUUGUAUAACUGUAUAGGCAUAAAAUUAUAAGCCUCUCUCUUUGGAAGAAUCGAAGAAGCUCAAUAAUAAUGCAAAUGUGCACAAUACGAUAUAAAAGCAAACCGUAUAAAGAUUACAUAACACACAUCCAUAAAUCAAAAAAACAAAACUAGUUUUAAUACUAAUAUUAUUGGCUUUAUGAAAAAUAUACAUGCAUACAUUUGUGCACACUAAAGCUGAACAGUCAAAAACAACAACUAUGACUUUAUAACCUAUAACUGUGUAUAACAAACUUACAUUUAACGUACAGACUUAUGCAUAUACACCAAACUACAUACACACACAUAAAUUCUAUAAAUGCAUGUCACUCACAUCUAUGUAAACGAAUACAUACACACAUAAAUACGUAUGUAAUUAAGUAAGUAAAAGUAUAUAUGUAAUCUUGUACCACGUUUCAUGAGCAUACAUACGAGAUUACAAUUCAUAUAUACGUACAUAUGGUAUAUACGUAUAAAUUUGUUCAUACAUAAUACUUACAUAUACUUGUAUAAUUAUUUCUAAUUUAAACAUAACGGAAUGUGUACUAUAUAAAUCAAGUUCGAACACUCUCCUGCUAUCGGAAACACAUCAGCUCUUCCCUUUGGUUACCGGCAUAAUACUUAUUGUACAUAUGUAUUGUAGCGUAAACAGCUUAUAGCAUAUAUAUAUAUAUAUAUAUAUAUAUAGCAUUAUAUGACUUACAUACUUAUAUAGUGAGGUUUCGUGCACUCAUUCACAGUUUGAAAAUGUAAUUUACAAAUUAUUUCAUAACCGGAUUUCCGUUAUUUAAAGUCUUUAGCGCGGAUGUUUCUUUAGUCAUUUUAUUUACAGCACUACCAAAUAGGAGUAAAAGGUGUAGCUCCUUUUUAUAAAUAUAAUAUGUUUAUUUCCUUUAGUUUAUUUCUCAACUUCAUAUUAUCUCCACACGAGUUCUUUCAUUGACGUCAAUUAACUACUAACGCUGAUCCUGAAGAAUAAACUCUAUACGGACGUUAGUCUAUGAGAUUAUUGACACGGUUGAACACAGUCGGCAAACAAUAAUAUAUACUUGUAUUAAAGAAGAGGCAAGAGGCUAUUGUUCCCUUAGUUGGAAGAAUAGUAUUCAAUUUUCUGAUAUCUCAUUUCUGAAAUUAGACAAUUUGAAGGACUCGAUCGAUAACAAAAAAAAAUAAUUAUAAUAAACAACAACAUUUUGCGCCCUAAUUCGAAGAAUUGAACGAUUCUCAAAACAUCAAAAUAACAAUAACUGGAUCUACAUUGAUAUAAACAACGUUAUGAGGCAAUAGCAUUGAUAUGGAAGGCGACACAAACCAAUUUAAACUAACCGGCAUCUGAUUUUUUGUUCAAAAUGCAUUUUCGAAGUAUGCGGACAAUUUUAGAGUAAUAAAAAAAGUUUCGACAAUACCUUUGGCAAAUUCAUUUGGAAUCACUUUGGGAUUUUCAUGAUUACUUUAAGCAAAUAUUGAACAACUACAACAACCACAAAAGCAUCCAACUUUACCAUGAGCAGCCAAAAUGAAACGUAAACAGUUCGCACAUGGGCCAAAUCGUCCGAUCAAAAGUGCCUUCAAAACAAAUACUUAAAAAACGUUGAUUUUAUAAUAAAAAUAACAAACAAAAAAACAGAAAAAUUUUAGAAAAAUUAAAAAAUUUAAUUAAAUACUAAAAACGAAAUGAAUCGUAAAAAACGAAUGAAUGAUUAACUCAAACGGGCCCGAAAUAGACCAAAACAAAAAUCAAAAUCUUCAAUUGUCCGAAUUAGAGCGCUUUUUGUAUAUAUUUUGUUAAAAAUGAACGGCUUACUUUAUUUCAAAUACAUAAAAAGAUAACAAGCGAAGUAGGUACAACGGAUGAGCGUAUGGGACUCACAGAUUGAUUUUCAACGUAAAGCAGCUUAGUUUAGAUCCCCUUCCCAAUAUUUAGUUAUUCUACUAUUAAGUAGGACCAAUUUUAUACUGAACAAAACUUUAUUUCAAAACAUAAGCAAAAUUAAACAAAUAUUAAAAGCUAUUCUGAUUCCAUACUCAAAGUAGAGUAUAUAUAAAUUAUUUAAAAAAAAUCUAAACUUUAAGAAAACACUCUAGGCAUAAGCAUAUGAGAACCUUUUAGAACUAAAUUAAUCAUGGGUAGGAUAUAUGUACAAGCGAACGUUAAAUAAAUCAAAACUUGAGUAUGCAGAGCUGCUACACUACAGAUCUGUAUAGCAUGGUACGAUAUAUUGAGGCUUUCAGUUGGGUCGUAAAUAAACACAAAUAAAACAAACAAAAAAACUUAUCCAAGGAGUUAGGAAACUCCUUCAAUGCAAAGUGUGCUAGCAAGCGUAUUUUGGAUUGAUAGAAACAUCAAAAAACGACUUAACAACUUUAAUUAUAAGCAAUUAGAAAAAAUCUUGUGUUAAAUAUUCCAGACCCCGUCAAGAAUAACCAAUAAGGAUAAUUUUUUAUUACUAAGCCAAAAAAUUUGUUCCGAAACGUAACAUAAGGCAGAGUCUGAUGUGUUUCGUGAAAUGAGCGGCUGCGAAAAUUCCAUGAACAUUAAAACGUUUCAAACCCAAAUCUUCUACAGAAUUGAAUGACUGAAAAUGAACAAGAGAAAAAUAAUAUACACAGAUGCUAAAACACUAUUAAUCUUCUAUUAGUAUUUUGUUAAAAAAUGACUUUAAUUAAUGUUAUUUUUAGAAUAUUUUACACCUUUCAGGAUUUUUAUAACAUUGAUUAUGCAAUUGGUUGGCAAACAAUUAUCCAACAAUACUAAUUGUGCAUUUUUAUCAUCAUAGUCUUCGAAGUAGCUUUUGAAGCGGUAAUAUACUUUUAAAUUCGAAUUACUCAUAUGUGUACCAUAAUUAAUUGAGAACUUUAUGUUUGGGCUUUUACAACAACAAGAAGGCAAUUAGUAAAUAAAAAAGUGAUUUAGUUAAACUGCAAUAGACCGGAAUUAUUUCCAUGAGAUAGUACAAACAAUUUAGGAUUAAAGUUUAUAUAUAUACAUACAUAUAUAAAUCGCUUUAUACGUUAAUGAAAUAAGCGAAACACUAAGAGUUAUAAGCCAAAAGAAACAUAAAUGAAAUACACAGAAGAGUUGUUCCAGCAGAAAUUUACUCCUGGCAGUUCAUUUUCGCACGAGCAACGCAUUGAACAGGAUAUUUUCUUAUGAAGCUGUUCUAUUUAUAAAAUUAUAUUUAUCAUUGAGUUCAAAUUGUUGAAUAUUAUUUAUCAAACUCAUGUGUUACCAGCAUUGAACCAAACUAAUUUUCAUUAUAAUGAAAUUUAAUCAAAAAUUUAUAUAAACUUUAGUUUAAUAUUUCUAUACUGAAAUUAAAAAAAAAUUUAGUAAGAAAAUUAAUUCUUGGUUGCUAUUUUAGUUUUAGUUCGGACGCGCGUUCUUUGCAUCUUCAUUGAAUUGUAAAUGUUCAUUGUGGACACAGAAACUAACAUGCACAACACAUUUGUACACAUAGAUUAAGCGAAAACUUGAUCGCUUCAAAGUUUGUAAGUAAGCAAAAUUAAUAUUUGGAAUAUGUAGAAAAACAUGUAAAGAAAUUAUACAUACAUGCAUAAGUUGUAUUUACCCAAGGAAAUCGACAACUUUAGAUUCAAACAAUAAUGUAAAAGUAAAAUAACAAAAACAAACACAAAAAAAAAA